UAUAGAGAGACAGACUCAGUAGCGAAGAAUACGACGAUAGUGAAGUCGGUGGUCCUUCCUUCCGAAUCGUUAUUAGAGAGCCGGAGAAGGAAGAGCCGCCGGACGAGACGAAACCCUAGCCACCGAGAAUGGGGGCGAGUAGUGAUCCAAACCAAGACGGGUCGGAUGAGCAGCAGCGCCGCUCCGAGAUCUACACAUACGAAGCCUCAUGGCACAUAUACGCCAUGAAUUGGAGCGUGCGCAAGGACAAGAAGUACCGCCUCGCCAUCGCUAGCCUCCUCGAGCAGUUCCAGAACCGCGUGGAAAUCGUUCAGCUCGACGACUCUACUGGCGAGAUCCGCUCCGACCCGGCCCUCUCCUUCGACCAUCCCUACCCGCCGACCAAGCUUAUAUUUAACCCCGAUAAAGACUGCCAGCGCCCAGAUUUGCUCGCCUCCUCCUCCGAUUUCCUCCGCCUGUGGCAGAUUUCCGAUUCCGACGGCGGGCGGCGCGUCGAGCUCAAAAGUUUGUUGAAUAAUAAUCGCAACAGCGAGUUCUCGGGACCGUUGACUUCCUUCGACUGGAAUGAAGGUGAACCGCGGAGGAUUGGGACUUCGAGCAUUGACACUACGUGUACGAUUUGGGAUAUUGAGAAGGAGGUGGUUGAUACGCAGCUGAUUGCGCACGAUAAGGAGGUUUACGAUAUUGCCUGGGGCGGGGCUGGGGUUUUUGCUUCCGUUUCCGCAGAUGGCUCGGUUAGGGUUUUUGAUCUUCGAGAUAAGGAGCACUCUACAAUCAUAUAUGAGAGUUCGGAGCCAGAUACGCCAUUGGUGAGGCUAGGUUGGAACAAGCAGGAUCCCAGAUACAUGGCUACUAUAAUAAUGGAUAGUAGCAAGGUAGUGGUUCUGGAUAUACGUUUUCCGACAUUGCCGGUGGUGGAGUUGCAGAGGCAUCUGGCGAGUGUGAAUGCGAUUGCGUGGGCUCCCCAUAGUUCUUGCCACAUCUGUACAGCAGGGGAUGAUUCACAAGCUUUAAUUUGGGACCUUUCAUCAAUGUCCCAGCCGGUGGAGGGUGGGUUGGAUCCAAUUCUGGCAUACACUGCUGGGGCGGAGAUUGAGCAGCUGCAGUGGUCCUCUUCGCAGCCUGAUUGGGUUGCAAUAGCUUUCUCCAACAAGCUACAAAUUCUGAGGCAUUUGAACCACCAAUCAAUCCCUCAUAUUGGAGUGGAAACAAGAUUAGUGGCAUUUUGCACCCGAGGCCAGAUCUGCUCUGUUGGCUUGGUUUGAAGGUUCCUGUAGACGGGUGACUUUACAUCCGAUGAAUUUGGCUGUUAGUUGCCUGUGGCUUUUUUAUUUGUUUGUUAAAGAAAAUGCAUUGAGGUAGAGAUGGAUAAGAUGCUGCACCUUCAAGCUAUUUUGUACAUUUUUUAUAGUUCUAGUCAACAGCAAUUUUUACAUGGUAUUGUAUUGUCCCUCUUGCGAAUUUCUUUGUUCUAUUUAUUAAUUAAUCAUGAAGAUUCGAAGCAACAUUGCUAUGCUA